CGUGGUGUGUGUGUGAGAGUGUGUGUGUGAGAGAGACUUUACUAUUUGCAUGUGUUGUAAAAGAUUUGAGGUUUUUGUUGUACUUCAUUCGGUUGGUAAACAAAGAAUAGUUAAGUUAAUGUUGUAAAAACAGCUAGUGCAAUGACUACGCCAGCUGCUCGGCUUUUCAGUAAACUAGAUGGUCUGUUCGCUGUGUACAAACCUCAAGGAGUUCACUGGAAACUUGUCAGAGACACGGUAGAGACAAACCUUCUGAAAGCGGUUAAUUCUUGUCCUGCACCUCCCCCACGCUGUAUGGUCCAGUUUCAGCUUUUACAGAGUGGAGACUGCAGCAGCUCCAACCAGCUCACUGUCACCAAGUCCAGUCUGCCUGCUCUGACUGAUCAUCCUCUGGUGACAGGACCAAAGUUUCAUAAGAUCCGUGUUGGAGUUGGCCAUCGGUUGGAUGCAUUUUCCUCUGGAGUAUUAGUUCUAGGUCUGGGCAAUGGAAACACUGCCUUGGAGAAUCUAUACAGAUCACAUGUGACCAGGGAAUACAUACUGGAGGGCGAGUUUGGAAAGGCCACUGAUGAUUUCACUCACACUGGACGAGUUAUAGAGCGAAGCACAUUCGAUCAUGUUACAAAUGACAAGCUAGAGAGAGUGUUGGCAAUGAUCCAGGGAGCCAAUCAGAAAGCUUUAAUAACGUAUUCUCAGAUGGACCUGAGCACUCAGGAGGCUUAUGAGCUGGCAGUGAAGGGGCUGUUGCGUCCACAGGAUAAAAGUCCUCCCAUUUUAACUGGCUUACGGUGUCUCAGCUAUAAACCACCUCAGUUCACGCUGGAGGUUCAGUGUGUGAAUGAAACACAGCGAUACCUUCGGAAACUGGUGCAUGAGGUGGGGUUGGAACUGCGUACCAAUGCAGUCUGCACCAAGGUGCGUCGCACACGGGAUGGUCCUUUUAAAAUGGAGGAUGCCCUGACUCGCCACCACUGGACUACUGAAGACAUUAUACCAGCCAUUGCUAGCUUCCGCCGUACUACCCGGAAAAUCCGGAAGAACGACUCUUACAGGCAAGUUGUCAAGCAGUCAGAUUCCACCACACAGACUCAAGCCCAAACAAGGACUAGUACUUGUCAGUUAGAGUCUGUUAACCAAGAGAAAGCAGGAUCACUGAAUCCUUCAGAAACGUCUGUUGACGCCAGGCAAUUCUAAUGUCCUUUAAUAUUGAAGGUGGAUAAAAACCCAGUUAUACCAUUGUGGAGAUUUAUUUUCUGACCUAUUUAUUACAUGAUAUUUGUUCAACAUAUUUAUUGUUGUGUGUUGUUAAAUAGGAGGGUGGGUCAUAAAACGUUAAAAGUGCAACAUUAAAAAAUAAAUACAGGAACUGGAAUAUUUUUUUUCUAGAGGAAACUCUAGACACUUGCAUUGAAUGAAAUGGAGAUUAUAUAGAAGAAUGAUGCACUUUUGUCACUAUUUGUAAUAACCAAAGCAAAAUAAAAAUAAAUAAAAUUU